AUGUCACUACUGCGCUCUAACGGGGUUCCCAGUUCCUGCGAGCCAUGCCGCAAAUCUAAGAUCCGAUGCGACCACGCCGUCCCUUGCGGCCGAUGCCGGCGCAGACGCAAGCCGGCUCUGUGCGUGUACCAACCGGCCCCGAUGUCCAAGCAUCCGAACAGGACGGAUCGCAGCUCCACCGAUUCCAUCUCGUGCGGAGGUGGCAGCAACAUUACUACUAGUACCAGUAUCAGCAGUGCCUGGACGAGUCCGCUGCCUCCUCCCUCGCUAGUCACUCCGUCCUUGCCUCCGGGCCGUCUCCGUGACGGCUACCUCGCCGAUUGUAGUCACCGCAGCACCUCGACCCCCAGCACUGGCGUCUUCGGGCCCACCAGCUACCUGUCCGUGCUGCGCGACGACGUUGACGAUGGCUCGUCCAGUAUAGCCCUCUUUGCCAAAUCCCUGCAGCAAAACACCAGCGCCAUCAUCGACGACAGCCAGAUCCAGCUUGGCGCCGAGCUGCUCCUCAUCCUGCUCGAUGAUUUUGCUUUAUACGAACACAUGGCCACGGCACGGUUCGACCACUGCCAAGGCGAUCUGUUUCCCCCAUCUGCCCUGCGUCUGAUCCUGUCUUCCAUCCGAACUAUGCUGCACGAGGCCAUUUCCGAUCCCGCUAACCCGCUCCCUUUUCUACUUGUCCUCUCCCGAAGCAUUUUUACUGCCUCCUCCAAACCAUUAGUCGUAGACCCUGCCAUCACCCCCACGGAAUAUUUUUCCACUAUGCCAAACCGCUGGGAGAUUAUAGGGCUAGUCUUUGCGGUGAUUGGUUCCAGCGCGUGUCUCCUCCCGCAACACGAUCUGGCUGCGUAUUACCCACCGAACCGUCCCCCACUUGACAAAAAGGGUCUUGCAGCUGUCUGUGUGUCCGCGAGUGAAAUCUGUCUUCGUUUCUUCGACUACACCGGUGUCAUUUCUGAACAGCUGUGUUGGGCGACGCUGGAACAUGCUUCGCUUCUUACCCUGCUCUAUGGGGAUUACGACUAUCGUCCCUACAAAACCCUCUCUGCACUCAUAACCCUUCUCUUCACCCUGGGCUACCACCACCGCGAUGCCACAUCGAAGCUCCCUUUCUUCCGCGCGGAACACCGCAAACGCCUCGUCAUCGCCACCUAUGCCAUGGACAAAGGGCUCUCCACAUUCUUAGGUCGUCCACCCCGCAUGAUCCGUCGGUAUAUCACCAUCGACCCGCCACUGGAUAUAGCCUUCGCAGAUAUCAUAGCUUCGUCAGAAGUUCUCGACGCCGCGAUGAAACGCCUAGAUAAUAAUGGAUGGAACGCAGAGGGGGCGUAUACACGGGGAUCAUACACGAGAGCAUGCUUCAUGAUGGGGGUUGUAAGGGAGGCAGUACUAGAGAUUUCUCUGGAUUCGAACAUCGUGGAAGGAGAGGGGUCAAAAUUGGAGGGAAAAAUUACAGAGGUAUCCGCCCUCGCCGCAAAAGCACGUCUUUCGCUCCCCUCAUCGUUGUACCGUGUCAGCACGCCAUCAGACUUCGAUCGUUGCCCCGAAACAGCCAAAGUUUGCCUCUUCGUGCACAUGGACUCACUUUAUAAUGAGUUCAUUCUCCAGCGGAUCUUAGUCCAGCGAACGGGCGCUAGCACAGAGAAGUUGAUUGCUGUCGCGCACGAGCUGCUGGACAAGUUGUUGUUGUUGGUUGCCAAUCGCGCUGUCGGUGGGGGAGAUAGAAAUUCUGUUGUUUGGAUUAUCUCCUCACUCGGCCUACCCCCCGCCGGUGUCCUGGCUGUUGAACUGCUGCAUCAGUCUCAGAACCCCAAUUCUAGUUUCCAGUCAGCAGGGGAGUUUUCUCGCUCGGAAAUCGUCCAAAACCUGAGCCGCUUUGCUGCGGAUCUUGAGUAUGUGGUGUCCAGGGAGGCGGGGAACUAUGAUGUUUGCCAGCAGGCGAAGUCCGUGAUUAGGCAUAUCCUUGAUCGGGUUUUGGGGGGAAGAGUGCCAGUUGUGGAGGCGGGGGAGGUGGUGGAGGGUGGAAAUGGUAGUGGGAACAACAGGCGAGAUGCGCUAGGGGAAAAGACUGGGCCCGGAUUUGUGGCACGAGAUUGGAUAUCAUGGGAUUUUAAUGCCUGGAUGGAUGAGGAUUCGGAUUUGGUCAGGUGGUUAAAUAGUUUCGAGUAG